UAUUACUUAAGUAUAGUUAUAUUAUAACGAUUAAACGAUUGGUUAAUUAAAUAUAAUAUAUAAUAAUAAUACGUUUAGACGUUUGUCUUUAAUUAUGGCUAUGAAAAUAUCAAGUUGCCGGGGUUAUUAAAAGUUUACUAUUCAUAUCGUAUUUAUGAUGAUAUUUUAUACCUGUACAAUUGUACACACAUUUAGCAUGUCAAACAUUAUUAUGAUUAAAAUUAUCUUCGUUUUGUUUUUAAACUUUUUUUUAACUAACGUGGUGACAUCGGAAGGAAAUGUGUCAAAUUAUGAAAACAAAGGUUUUGUAGCCAACGGAGAAAUAUACGACACCGAGAAAUAUCCGUUCGUAGUGUGUAUAUUGAUGAUGAAAGUCGGCAGGGAAAGCAUUCUGGGAAAGUCUUUAUGCACGGGCUCCUUGAUAUCGCAGUGGUUCGUGUUGACCGCAGCACAUUGUACAGUUAAAGUGGAAAAAUAUGACAUAGAUGUAUACCAUGAUAGUGACCACCGACGUGUCCAGCGCGUGUAUCGACACAGUAUGUAUAAUCCCAAAACGUUUUCCGCAGACAUCAGUUUGUUAAAACUACGAAAACCGUUCCAGGAUGUGGUGUAUUAUAUAAGUUUAUCUGGUCAUCCUGAUGAAUUUUCUGAUGGGAAAAGCUUGAAUUGUGUGGUUAUUGGGUUUGGAUUGACUGGAAAAAAACAGAUGUCUAACUUGAUCGGUUUUAUGACCAACUCUAAUGUCACGUUCGGUCCUACAGCAUGUGAAAUGUCCAACCAAUCGGAUAUAAUGGAAACAUGGAAAGAAUAUUUGUGUUCAAAACCAGACAUUCAUAUGAUAUGUCCUGGGGACAGCGGUGGUCCGAUGAUUUGUAAUGGUUCCCUAUAUGGAAUAGCCAGUCACGGAUAUAAUUUCAAAGACCGAAACAAGGAAGUCGAAUGUGGCAGUGCUGAUGUUCAGACUAGACAUCUAUUCUUGUAUACAUACAGAAAAUGGAUAACUGAUAUUACAAGUAUAGGAAACACAUUAAUACCACACUAUAAAUUAUACAUUACUACUGUUAUGUUAGUAUUAUAUAUUAUGAAUGUUUAGUAAAAUAAUGUAUA